AUGGCAACGGAGACGGAAGUUUCGCCGAUGAUUAACAAUCUGGAGGUCGGAGAUGACAAAAUGGCUCACACCAGCGCCUCCGGCAAGCCUCCACGGAAUAUCUCCGCAAUGCGCCAUUGCAAUAGCACUGCUUGGUUGAUCGAUUCCGAAGGAGACGAGAGAUUUGGCGCAAAAUCCCCAGAAGGAGUAAACUCCACAUUCCAGCCCGUGUUCAGAUCGGGAAGUUGGUCGGAUAAAGGCCCGAAGCAAUCCAUGGAAGACGAAUUCAUCUGCGUCGACGAUCUCACGGAGCAUAUCGGAUCAUCCACAGGAGCUUUCUAUGGGGUGUUUGAUGGGCAUGGAGGUAUUGAUGCAGCAACGUUCACAAAGAAGAACAUUCUGAAACUUGUGACGGAAGACAAACAUUUCCCAAGCAGCACGAAGAAGGCAACAAGAAGCGCCUUUGUGAAAACGGAUCAUGCUUUAGCCGAUGCUUCCACUCUCGACAGAUCCUCAGGCACCACCGCACUCACCGCUCUCAUCUUGGACAAGACGAUGCUGAUCGCAAACGCAGGUGACUCCAGAGCCGUGCUCGGGAAACGCGGCAGAGCCAUUGAGCUCUCAAAGGACCACAAACCAAACUGUACUUCAGAGCGGCUACGCAUUGAGAAGCUUGGAGGUGUUAUCUACGACGGUUACCUUAACGGGCAGCUCUCGGUGGCUCGAGCUUUAGGGGAUUGGCACAUUAAAGGAACCAAAGGGUCGCUCUGCCCGCUAAGCUGCGAGCCGGAGCUGGAGGAGAUUGUGCUUACGGAGGAAGAUGAGUAUCUUAUAAUGGGCUGUGAUGGACUGUGGGAUGUUAUGAGUAGUCAGUGUGCAGUGACAAUGGUGAGGAGAGAGCUGAUGCAGCAUAAUGACCCUGAGAGAUGCUCUCAGGCUCUGGUCAAGGAGGCUCUCCAACGUAACAGCUGUGAUAAUCUUACUGUAGUGGUGGUGUGUUUCUCGCCGGAGCCGCCGCCUCGGAUUGAGAUACCAAAGUCGCAUAAGAGGAGGAGCAUAUCUGCUGAGGGAUUGGAUCUCCUCAAAGGGGUUUUGGAUGACUUGUGA